AGCUCAUCUUCUUCCUCUAGAAACAAAAAAAAGCUCUAAAAAAAAAAGCAAUAAAAUCCAAUAAUGUCUCAAAUUACCGACGAAAUCCGGGCCAAGGCGACGGAGCUAUACUACGGGAACGACGUAUGCCUGGCCCAAUCAAAGAGGCUCUUAAGAGAAGUGGGCCUGCCCAAUGGGCUUCUCCCACUCCAAGACGUGGUCGAAUGCGGGUACAUCGAGGAAACGGGUUUUGUAUGGCUAAAACACAAGAAGGAGAUCAAGCACAAAUUCGAGAAGAUUGGGAAGCUUGUAAGUUACGCAUCUGAGGUCACUGCUUACGUCGAGCCUUGUAAGAUAAAGAAGCUUACCGGUGUUAAGGCGAAGGAGUUGUUUUUGUGGGUGACGAUUUCGGAAAUCACUGUCGAAAGCCCCGAAAGUGCGAAGAUCGUGUUUAGGAAUCCUACGGGGAUUUCGAAGGUGUUUCCGACGGAGGCGUUUGUUGUUGAGGAGGCGGAGGCGGUUACUAAGGUGUUGAGGAAGGACGCCGGAGAGAAGAAGGAGGAGGUUAAGGUUGAUGAUGCUGUCGUUGGUGGUGGUGGUGGUGGUGAUGUUGCGAGUGUGAAGAGUGUCAAUGGGGUUGAGGCGGGAGUGGCGAAUUUGGCUAUUAAGGAUGUGUAGUUUGUUUAACUGUUUGAUUAGAAAUGUACUAAUUAAGAGAGUAUAAGAGGGCAGUUUUGUUGCUCACUCUUUUUAUUUGUCAAACUUAAUUAAGUUCUAUGUUACUAAAUUAAUCUACCAAUUUGGAUUUGAUAUGAGCAAUUGAAUAUCGAACAAUUGUUUUCGA